AUGCCGACCAACAAAGAGUUGUCAGGCACAUAUGGAUUAACGGUACUUCACUCCCCAGAGAAGGCUGAGGAUAUUGUCUUUGAUCUAGUAGCUGUCCACGGACUCAAUGGAGAUGCCUUCAUAUCCUGGAAACACAGAGACACCGGAGUGAUGUGGCUCAAAGACUUACUUCCCUCAAGCUUACCAAAUGCCCGGAUUAUGACCUUUGGUUAUAAUUCUAAAUUCACCAACUUUACCGGAGAUCAGGACCUGAGGUGUAUCUGCGAGACCUUACUUGCUGAGAUUGCUGACUUGAGGACCAAUGCGCUUUCUAUUCGAACUGUGGAUGCUCGGACUGCGAUCCAAGAUGCAACAUACGGCAUUCUCUUCUUAGCUACCCCGAAUGAUGGAAGUGAUCUUGCAACAACCGGCAGAGCAAUUGCUAAAUUUGCGACAAUGAUAUCCCCUCUUAAUCCAGCUCAAAAUUUGCUAGAUAUACUCCGUGUGGACUCCAAUACCCUUCUUGAAAUUAGAGAAGAUUUCCUCCAGAGAGUACCGAAGCUCCACAUAGUAUCAUUUUAUGAAUUAUAUUCCACAUCGUUCGGGCUUUUCAACACUCACAUUAUCAAAAGGCGAUCAGCUAGACUGUUGGUUCCCGGAGAGGUCAACAUUAACUUAUAUGCUGAUCAUCGAAAUAUAUGCCGGUUCUCUUCGGCUGAUGACCGCAACUUUCGUCCUGUUGUUUCACAGCUCAUUCAAUUCUACCAGGAUAUCAAGGCAAAAAAGGCAACACCAAUACCAUGCUCUCCCUUAAAGCCAAGAGGUGCAAUAACUCCAAAAAUAGGAAUCACGACAACCCAUGAACCUAUUUUUGAAGUACCGUUUGCCCGCUGCAUCACUUUCCAGGGACGACAAAAUCUGUUAAGUGAGAUGGAAUCAUACUUUGGACAAUCUAACUGCAAUAAACCACGAGUUUAUGUAAUAUCUGGCUUGGGAGGCUCUGGAAAGAGUCAAACAGCUGUAGAAUACGCAUUUCGAAAUCGUUCGAGAUACAAGUCUGGAGUUGCAUUUUUCAAUGCUUCCUCACAAACGGCAUUAACUGCAGAUUUCCACCGGAUUUAUGACAUGCUGCCUCUUGGUACCGCUUCCGCCAAAGAACCUAACAAAGUGGACUCUCUUAAGCGGUGGUUCUCCAGGCAAACAAAUCGCGAUUGGCUGUUAAUAUUUGACGGAGUAGACAACUUGGUGUCCGUUAAAAUUACGGAGUACUUCCCAAACGCAUCCUGGGGCCAUAUCAUUCUCACUAGCCGUGACCAGGCUACACUUGGGGCCAUUAGUCCUGCAGGACAGAUAAUCUCGGGGCUCGAAGAAAAUGCAGCAAUUCAAGCUGGCGCUUUUAUCCGGAGACGCCAGAAAUCACUGAAGGAUUAUCACCGGUUGUUUAAAAAUAAACAGUAUGAAGUCCUGAGAAUCAGCCCAAGCAUAGGAGAUCACGAAAAGACAGUGGCAACGGUCUGGGAACUUAACUUCCGCCAGCUAGAAAAGGACUCCCCGAGGGCUUCGCAUCAACUACUACUGUUUUCCUUCCUACAAGCCUCUAAUAUCCCCGAAUCCAUGUUGCGGAGCGGCUGUUCAACUAAGCAAAUAUGGGGUGAGGAUGGUGAAGUCACAGAUAUUUCUCCGGUGGAUGCGGGUUUGGAUCCCGAGCUUAUCGACCUUAUUACUGACGAGAUGAAGCUUGACGAAGCAAUCGAGAAUUUGCUGGCCUUUUCUCUAAUACAACUAACUCUCAGUAGUCGAGGAGGAAGGGCUAUCUCGGUCCAUCCCUUAGUUCAGUACUGUGCUUCUCACCGGGUGCCUCUCGAUGUACAGCAAAAAUGGAGGGCACAGGCAAUUCUACUGGUUGCCCAGGCAUUUCCUUACGGUGAAUACAUCACCGAGUUCUCCGGGGAUAUAGGACGAGAAAUCCUUGAGCACGUUCACAAUGUCCUUCAUGAGUUUGACAGUGUUGAGCCUGAAUUCGAAUUAUACCCAAAAGUCAAGAAUUCAUUUUGCACAUUGCUACUAUCCGCUUCUAAAUAUAGUUCCGCUUCGUGGAGACGCGAAAGCUUGAGCAAAGUCAGCGAUCUUCUACAUGAUAGUGAAGAGUACUAUUUACAGGCAUGGGUUGCCCAUAGACGGAGCAAAAUACUGCGCCUAGAGGGCGACAUGGCUGGCUCUAAUGCAGCUUUGGAGCAGCAUGUCAAUAACUUUAAAGCACAUAGCUCCAGAGUGUCCUCUAACCCACGGUUGAACGCCCACAUAGGACGAAUUACAUCUUCAUAUGCUGAAAACUUGAUACUUGGAAAUGAAUGUAUACAUGCGCAAGAAGUACUUGAAAGUUGGAAACCCCUGGACUCUAGGAGCCCUUCAUCAAUGGAAGUCAUUGUUUUAAGAGGCCGCAAUAUAGCACUAGGAAGGAUUCUCAAAAACCAAGGAAACUUCAAGGGAGCACUGCAAUAUUUCGAAGAAAUGUUUCUAGACAUCACUGACUGGCACUGCAACGAAAGUGAAGGUUGGCAUAUGGCCUUAUUUGCCAACCUCUCAGACCUGUACUGCGAACUGGGAUAUCCAGAAAGGGCAGAGGCGGUGUUGAAAAAGCAGCUUGAAAUAGUCUACACACGCGGGUGGGAGACUAUCAGUGGGGGGAUAAGGAUACAGCUAGCCCUGGCUGAGAGCUUCAUCCGGCGUGGCUCGUUUCAGAAAGCUGAAGGAUGUCUGUUGAAGCUUGUAUCACUUUGCAAGCCCGCUGAGAAGAUGACUGUCAGCGCCAGGACCAACAACUUUCUUGUAUGGACGGGGCUUGCGAGAGUAUCGCAUCUUCAGCGCCACUGGAGCAACGCCAUUGAUCGCUGGAACCAUGCCCUGGAACUUGUUGAAAGCGCGGGAUGGGCAGACAGUUUCAACCAUGGACUUAUUCUAUAUUCGAUCGCCCAGAUCCAGUUCCGCACGGGGAAAUUUGACGAAAGCAAGAAGACUCUGUGCCGCGCGAAAACAAGCCUUGCCGCUGAUGAUCGAAAAUAUUGGAUUGUUGGCCUUGGGUCCUACUGGUACAACUAUGUCGUCUGCCCACUAGGGGAGACUGGCUCUGAUCCUAUCAUUCGCAAUACAUCUAGAGCGGCUGAGGACAUCACCUCUAAAUAUGAGGAAAACACUCUCUGUGAAGAAGACAUGAAUGAAAAUGUGUCCGAGGAGGUUAAAAGGAAAAUUGAUGCCGAACAAAGAAGUGUGGAAAGGGAGAUCGAGGCUAUCAAAUUGCGCUGUAAGCAAAGUGAUAUGCGGGAAAGUCCCAAGGGCUUAACUAGAUCGUUCAGCAAGAAAAUACGGAAUGUUUACAAAAGGUGA